AGAGUAGGGACCUCCGACGGCGCGUAAGGUUUUAGAGGAGCGCGUCGUUACUUUCCAGCGAACAAGAAGAGGCGGACCAGACUCUGUCGAGAUAUAAAACGUUUCUUUUUAUUUUUUUUUUCUUUCUUCUCUCUUAAACGAUGAUGAUGGCGUGGAAGAAAGAAAGAGAAAAAAGAGAAGAGAGAAGAAGAGAAAUGAUGAUCAGUCAAGCGAGCUGUUUUUGGGAAGAGAGACUAAAGAAUCAGAAGACUAAUAAUAAUAAUAAAGACAAGAUCGUGACAAUGACUAAAACAGUAUGUCCAAAAAAGACAGAAGAGAAGAAAGUGGUGUGUGAAGAAGCAUUGGUUGAACCGAUUUCAGCAGAUGUGAGCUUUGCUUUUAAUCAUUUUCCAUCAUACAAGUUAGGACCUGAUGAUCAGAUUGUUGAUGAACCCGAGGAUGAUUCAAAAGGUCUGUCUGUGAAAGAUGUCGUCGAUAAGGAGAUCAGUGAUUUGUCAGAUCAGCACAAGCAGCUUUCUGUUCGUGACCUCGCUUGCAAAUUCGACAAGAAUUUAGCUGCAGCUUCUAAAUUAGUUGACGAGGCAAAGUUAAAUGAGGUGACUUCUUUGGAAGGACAUGUUAUGCUAAAGAAACUUAGGGAUGCUUUAGAAACCGUGAGAGGUCGAAUGGAUGGGCGUAACAGGGAAGAAGUGGAAAAAGCUAUCUCCAUGGUUGAGGCUCUAGCCGUUAAGUUAACUCAGAAUGAAGGUGAACUAAUUCAAGAUAAGUUUGAAGUGAAGAAACUGGCAAGCUUCCUCAAGAAGGCUUCAGAGGAUGCAAAAAAGUUAGUAAACCAAGAAAAGUCAUUUGCUUGUGCGGAAAUAGAUAGUGCACGGGCUCUUGUGAUGAGACUUGGAGGUACAUUUGAAGAACAAGAGCUUUGUUCUAAAGCUUCUCGAGAGCAGGGACCAAAUGUGGAGAAAUUGGUUGAGGAGGUUCAGGAGGCUAGACGAAUCAAACGGAUGCAUAAACCAACCAAGGUGAUUGGUAUGCAACACGAACUAUAUGAUUUAAAGAGUCAAAUCCGAGAGAAGUCUGCAUAUUCUGUGAAGCUUCAAAGAGAGAUAGCAAUAAUAAAGAGAGCCGAGGGGUCCAAGUCUUGUCCAUAUGUUUUGGAUGGUGCACAAAGCCUUGGCUCAUGCCUAAGAAUCCGUGCCUCAGACAGUGGUGUAGAUAUUUCCAAAUGUUCAAUCCAGUGGUACCGUGCAGCAUCUGAGUCUAGUCGAAGAGAAGCUAUAUCUGGUGCCAACUGGUCGGUAUAUGCUCCAGAACCAUUUGAUGUCGGGCGAGUAAUACAAGCAGAUAUUAUUUCAAACGGCCAGAAAUUCACAGUCACAACCGACGGUCCAAUUAAUACUGCUGCUGGCUUGCAGUCACGCGUUGAAUCACUCCUGCGCAAGUCUAACAGUGAAUUCACUGUGGUUAUAUCACAGAUGAAUGGACAAGACCAUACGUCAAGAUCCCAUAUAUUUACUAUUGGAAAGGCGAGGAUAAAGCUGUCCAGAGGAUGGAUCACAAAGGCCAGAGAAAUAUAUUCAACAUCCAUGCAGCUCUGUGGAGUGAGAGGCAAUGCUAAUCUUCCUGCAAAGGCAUUGUUCUGGCAACUAAGAAAGGGUCUAACGUUCUUACUAACUUUCGAGUCAGAGCAAGAACGUAAUGCAGCCAUUGUUCUUGCCCGGAAAUACGCAGAUGAAUGCAAUGUUACUCUGGUUGGACCAGAUGAUUGAGGUAAAAUGAAAGUAACCUUUUCUUCGGCAAACAUCGGCUGCUAUAUGUGUCUGUGUGGUUAGAAAGAAGAACACACAGUGUUGCUGCAUAGUUUUAGGCAGAAGCACACAAUUUGUGUUAUUGGGCAUUAAUCACUAGUUUGUUGAGGUGGUUGGCGUUCUUUUUUUUUUUUUUUGAUUUUAUUGGUUUGUUUGUUUUGAUUGGUUUAGUUUUUUUCCAAUUAGAUUUUUCCUUUUUUUAGUGUGUGAGAUUUGCGUGUUUGAUUGGGUUAAUCAAAAAUUUGUUUUGUAUGUAAUAACAGAACAGUGUUUCAUUCAGUAAUUAACAGAGUCUACUUCGUCAUU